AUUUGUUUUUGUGCUAAGUUCCAAACAGUGCCCUGCACAGAGAAUAAUUUAGCAGCAACGUUUUACUGCGGAGGACUGAAGAACGAAAAGCGUUAAGUUUCCUCUUCUCUGUACAAACUCUCUGAAACGAUUUAAGAAUCAGUAGAAGAAGAGAAAAACACCUGAGUUCCUCACCGACGCGUGGGCCUUUAGCAGCGGACCACAAACGGCUUAGAGAGGAUGGCGGAUGCCGUGUACACAUUUUUCGCUAUUUUGGCCACACUCAUUGGAGGAAGCGGUGUGAUCCUUAACUUUCUCGUGUGUUUGAUGUACUUCGCAACUCCGAAGCUUUUAGAUGCCACUAACAUCUUCAUGCUCAACAUGGCGGUUGGAGACUUAACUUACUCAAUCGUGGCUCUUCCGCUUCUGGUCGCUUCCAACGCUCGGGGUGAAUGGGCAUUUGGAGAAGCAGGUUGUACUGCUUACGCCUUCAUCACAUUUUUUUUUGCACUUGGCACCAUGAUGCUACUGGCGGUUGCUGCUUACGAGCGUUACUUCACGCUAUGUAGGUUGUACAAUGACGGUCAAACUCAGUUCAGUAAGAAAAGAGCAAUCGUUCUGUGCGCACUGAUAUGGUGCUAUUCUCUGUUCUGGAGCGUGAUGCCGGUUCUUGGUUGGUCCAGAUACAUCCCGGAAGGUAUUGGUACCAGUUGUUCAGUGGACUGGACUUCAAAAGAGCAAGGUAAUGUGUGGUUCACCAUCCUUUUGAUCCUGGGCUGCUUCCUGCUUCCUGUUUCCAUCAUUAUCUGCAGUUACCUCAAGACCUUCAGGGCUUUGAGAAAGUUAAGCCAACAAGCGUUGCAGAAUUGGGGAGAAAACAACCGUGUCACCCAAGAAACCCUCAAGGCAGAAAGUAAGAUGAUGUGGAUAAUAAUCGCCAUAACAGCAGGAUACCUCUUUGCCUGGACGCCGUAUGCCUUAACUGCAGUAGUGGCCAUUAUAAACCCAAACAGGAUCAGCCCUAUUGGGGCCACGAUUCCAGCUUAUAUGGCCAAAUCUUCAGCUUGCUACAAUCCAAUAAUUUACGUGUUCAUGUAUAGAAAGAUGCGAAGCAGAUUGUGGGCAAUACUUUGUUGCAAGAAAUCUCAAGUUCAUCCAGACGCACAAAUUGCUUCUGAAAUGGCAAGCUAUCAGAAAAGUGCAGCGGUUACAUAUGCUGGACGAGGAACUUCAUUCGAUGAUCGAAACGUAGACUUUCCCCACUCAGCCUGAAUAGCUGGCGGAUCUUGAGGGGAAGGGGGGUCAGAGGAUUUUGAAGUAUCUCUACAAAAUUCACUGAUGAUCCCCCCUUAAGUCUCUGCAAUAUUCUUUUGAACCACCUUCAUUGGCAGUUAGUCGUCUAUCGAUUUGAAGUAGUCCCUCCUGUUCAGUCUGUUGGCGACGACUUAUUCCCUCUCAUGUUUCCCCUGAAAACACGUGAUCCCCAUAAAUCCUCCGCUCCCCCUCCCCCUCUCAAGUGAUAAACAGUGAUGGUCCCUAACUGACACCAAGGAAUAUCAGUGAAAGAGUUUGAUCUUGUUUCCGGGUUUUUCAAAAUAUCGUGAACUUUAACUAACACAAACAACGCCUAUGAGGAGGUUUCCAAGAUUUCCGGAGUUCUAAUGGAACUCAACUGAAAAUUUUAGCAUUCUCUCAAAACGAUGCGUACUCUAUGCAUUUCGACAAUGUUAAUCUGACUCGUCCUUGUCGGUUGGUCUCGAGAAACGCGAGGAAGAUGGGUACAACUCAUGGACGUACGCAACACACAUUGAAGGGGACGGUGAG